AUGGGUCACCAAUUUGCCAGAAAAAAAUAUGAAUCAGUAGAUGAUAAUGAACUCCAAUCAUUUAAUAAUGAACAAAUUGAUGACCUAAAUUUUUCUCAAUUAGUUGACAUCAAACAAAUGGAUAAUAUGAUUAAAACGAAACAAGAGGAAAUAAAAGAAGUUUUAGGGAAAUUAUCAUCAGAGUGGAAUGUUCAACGUGUUAAAAGAUACUGGAGCGAAUUUUGGAUUUCACUUUAUUCAGCAAGAGCAUCUGCUGGUUGCUCUUGUGAUGAUCUGCUGGUUCGAGUAAACUUAAAUCCAUACCCAUCAGCCGCAAUAUGCACAAAUGUUCAAAAGAUUACCGAAAAAAAACGACAAAGAAAAGAGAGAAAAACUGCUAUUCAAGUUGCAUCAUUGGGCCAUCUCAAUAUUUUCGGCAAAACAGUGGGUAUUGAGUUAUCAACUGAAGAAAUAACAUCAUCUCCACUGAAUACUGUUUUAUCAGUCAAUAAUUCAAUAACUUCUAAUGCUAAACGAGGAUAUGAUGGUGAAGAAAAUCCUGCAGAAAAGUCAAGAAAAAUUAUAGGAGGUUCUAGUAUCAUUUCUGUUGAAGAUCCACCUCAUAUUAUUGAAGACAGUAAUAAAGAUUCGGAUGUAGAAGAGUCUGAUAAUACUAAAAAUUCUGAAGAAUCAAAUGAGGAGAAUGAAGUACUAAAUUUUGAUUACGAAUCAAUUAAAAGUCAAAUACAAAUUGAAUGUAGUGAAAAAGUAAGCAAAAAAUUUAGGAAAUAUCAAUAUGAUCUUUUACAUGACUUAGAAAGAGGGCAAAAAAAAAUCACAUGGAAUAAUAUUACUGAUGUUUUGGCUAUAGCAUCAAUAAUAGUUGUAGAUUGGCCGUGUCCUUAUGAUUUCUUUACAACUGACGAAUGGCUAAUAAUUACUAAUAGCAAUCCUUACAAACCUAAGAAACCUAUUAUAGAUUCUUCUCUAUCCUCUUAUUUGAAUGAUACAACAUUUAAAAGGAGUAUUGGUGUUGAUGCUCAUUUUGAGCCUGAUUGUAACAAUUUACUCCGAAGUCAUGUAUAUGAUUAUCUUCCUAUUAUUGCUCCAAUGAGAUUAUUGGAAGAUGAACACAGAUUUUUUUAUCUGAAUCCUGUCUUGAAACCUAUAUUCUGUGGACCAUUUAAAAGUUACAGUUUAAAGUUGAAUAGAAGUGUUAAUGGAACUAAUAAAAGACCUGAUUUUGUAUGUCACGUAGAUCAACUUCCAAUAUUAAAUUCAGAAGUAAAGCCAAUAGAGGCAAAGAAAACCAUUAAUGACUUGAUAUAUCGAAGAAAUGGUCCUGACAGAGCUGUUUUUUUCAUUAAUAUGGGUGAUACAAUAGAAUCUUUCGUAAUGAACCUUGAGUAUGAUGGCAUUUACAGAACAUGGCCUUUUAUGAAAACAAAAAUUGUAAUAGAUAAACCAUCAGUUCCACUUUUAGGAUCUACAUUGACACACUUAAUUGCAUUGGAGGAGCAAGUGAAACUUCUGGCUGAAAAUUAUAAAGUGCGUCCCAAGUACUUUACACCAUCAAGAAAGUCAACAUACGUUCGGAAACUUCCAAUUUCUCCUCAAUUAAAAUUGUUAACAAA